AUGAAGUGCGUGUCUCGAAGUUUGAGAGCUUGGACCUUGGCUCUGAGAGCCGCUGCAGCAGACUCACAUCGACUGGAUCCGUCCAUAACCCUUACAUACUGCGUCCUGAAGAAUGUAGGGGCGCUGUAG